AUGGUAGCAAUAUCCCAACUUUUAGUUUUUUUUCUGGUAGUGAGAACCGUUUUAGCAGUCACUAUUAGGAACGGUAUCAUUGACUCACCUUUGCCCCGCGAUAAUACGACUUUGGUGGAUGCCUUGAACUUAAUGCGAUGUGCCCAAGUUUGGGGAAUGCCAAAUGAUACAAUCGUAGCGACUGACAGGACUGAAACAUUGAUUCUCUUCAAUAACCGAACAACCACAAACACUACGCACAUGAAAGAAAUAGCCAAUCAUUGUUUUUCACGCUUCGGUUAUACAUUGGCUUUCACCCAUUACAAUUACAAGUAUUUCCCAGGUGAAUUAACACAUAUCUGUACCCUGGAUGAUGCGCUUCGUAAUUGGGAUUUACUUCCUACUUUCGCUCGUAAUGAGCUUAUCGCAGAGACGCAGCGAGGACCGACUUCUACCAGUACUUUCAUUUCACAUAAAGAUACAAGUGAGUAUUACUUCAUGGUUAUGGCAGUGCUUUUUCUAGUAAUUAUUUAUUCACUACUUAUGCGGGCGACUGCCAAGUCAGUCCCUUCUAUGGCUACAAAAUAG